UUCACUCCACCUCUCCCUAAGUAAAAAGUCCUCCCUGGUCUGGCUGUGACUGCCCUUUCUGGCCUCUGUCCUUGCAGAUGUGUUGUAGUCUUUCAGCGAUAAACCACCUUCACCCAGGAUGGGCUCCAGACCCCCCGGCCUGCUGUUUCUGACUAGCCUCCUACACAUCUGGCAUUGUGCUGGAGGACAGGGGUCAUACACCAUAGAUACUGUUCUCCUCACAAUCGAACCCAGGAACACAGUUCAGAGCGGGACAGCAGUGAGGCUACGCUGCCAGGUCAGCGUCAGUCACAGCAACAUCCCUAACCUGAAACACAGUUUCCAGCUCACACGGGACGAUGUUCCUAUCUACACCAAAAACGCCACAGAAGACACGGUCGAGUAUGCGAUCAACCCAGCCAGAGCUGCCGACUCUGGAAAUUAUGACUGUCGAGUCUCAGUCAAGAGCAAGGCCAAAGCCAGCAACAGCCAGAAACUGGACGUGAAAGGCUUGCAGACCCCCACUUUGCAUUUGACUACUUUAACGCCCUAUGAGAAUGAGGAGUUUAAAGCCACCUGCAGUGCUCCAGAGGAGAAAGGACCCCUCAUUUUCCAGUUUUACCUGAGAUUUAGGACCGGAUCCCCUAAGGUCAUAAAGCAGCUGUCACAGGGGGGGAACUCAUCAACGGCUACACUGAGACUGAGUCACAUCGGAAACUGUAUCCUCUACUGUGACUAUGAAAUCCGUUUGGUUUCCGGGAACCAAAAGUCAAACAGUAGCAAAGAGGCUGAACUCAUAGUCAAAGCACUCCACAUCACCCCCAUCAUAAAUAUACUUCCCUCCAAUAAUCUCUCUGAGGGUGACAUAAUUGAAGUGGUCUGCAGAGUUGUCACUCCUCCGAGCAACACUGAAGUGUUCUUGACAAAAGACAAAGUGAUCCUCAAGCAGGUCAGAGCUGCAGCCCUGAGUCAUAAGUUCACUGUACGAGAGGACGACUCUGGAGAGCUUGUGUGCAAAGCAGAGUGGGGCAGUGUGCAGAAAGAAACCUCUCAGAGAAUCACAGUCAGAUCGCUGUUUUCAAAGCCACAGCUGACUGUGGAGACCACAGACGUAGUUGAAGGAGACCACUUCAAAUUGACCUGCUCUGUUACCAUUCAUGAUUCCAAUAAGAUUGACAAGAAGACCAUGCAGUACUCAAUCUUCAAAGAUAACACUGAAGUCGCAAAUACUACCACAUAUUUUACUGUGGCACAACUUUCUGCAAGUGGCAACUACACCUGUAAUGCCACGUCUCAUUCUCUGACACGCACUAUUGUGAAGGAGAGCCAAAAAUAUGUCGUUAAGGUCAAAGUUCCUGUUUCAGAGCCUGUGCUGUCUGUGGUGGGAGGUACGUUGUUUCUGGGAAAGCCCUUCCUGUUGAGUUGUUACAGUCAGAGAGGCACUCUGCCCAUCAAUUACACCCUGUAUCAACCUCGUAUACCAAACGACGUAAAAGUUGUGAGCAAGCCUGGUGAAAAGGCUAUCUUCAACCUCACAUCCAUCACCCAAAUAUCGGACAUAAAAAACAUUCUUUGCCAUGCAACAAACAGUCAACUAAACCCUCCCAUGGCAGGAACAGGAGAGCAGCUACUGAAAUGGUCCAACAUCAUAGAACCUGUGUCAAAACCACACUUGACCACUGAGCCCAGGAUGGAGGACAUCUCUGAGGGUUACAAUAUGACUCUUGUCUGCUCUGUUCAGAGUGGCAGUUUUCCCAUUAACUUUACCUGGUACAGGCAGAGAAAAGGUUUCCUUGAUUACAAGAUCUCCUGGAAACUGAAAGAAUCUCACAGCAUCAGCAAUGUCAAAGGAGAUCAUGCUGGAGGAUACUACUGUCAGUGCACAAACCCAGCUAACGAGACCAAGCGGAGUGCCAUCAUCAUAAUUGGAGUGAAGAUGGCUGGCUGGAAGAAAGGUCUUAUUGCAGUCUUUUGCCUCCUCUUCCUAAUGGCGAUCGUCCUCUUUCUUUUCUACAAAAAACGUCUCCCCAAAUUAAAGAGAAGACGCACCGGCACCCUAUCAGUGAAGGCAGCCAGCACCAAAGUACAGCGACUGAGCCUCACCCAGGCAGAGGUCAACAAAGCCGCAAAUGCAACUCCAGGCAUGAUGGGGAAAAGUAUUUGGAGUGAACAUGUAUCAGGCUCUGAGUCUGAUGAUAACUGCAGUACAAGCACUCUAGAAAAGCGAGAACCUCAGUACAGUGAGGUGCAGCUGAGACAGGCAGAUCCCAGCAGAGUUCCGGUGAAACAGGGCACAGACACAGUACACGGUGAAGUACGUAACUCCCAGCAAGGUGUUCAAGAGGUGGCUGAUGCUGCAUCUGUGGAGUAUGCAGAACUGAAUCAUGAUACCAAUCACCAAAGUGACCCCAGUGACCAUGGUUACCACAGUGACCCCAGUAACCAUGGUUACCACAUCGCCAAUGAUGACCAGCCAAAUGACAAUAGCGUUAGCAUUAACUGCGCUGACGACAGGGAAUGAAACCCUGAGCAGAUACCAGGCUCAACAAGAAUAUUUGCUCCUGUAUUUAUCCAGCAUGUUCAUGUGGCUCAGUCUUUGUGCUCAUGUUUUUUAUAAUGCUUUGAAAAACAAUCCACACUGUGCAUGUGUUCUUGUUGGCUAAAUACAUGGUUUUGUUAAAUAAGUCUGUCUAUUUUUCUCUAUUUUUUUUUAAUGAAAGAAGAAAAGACAUUCAGAUGUGCAUCUUUGGAACUGUAAAGAUGUGUUUCUCAUCAGCUGAGCAGGGUCCUUAAACUCUUCAGUAGUCUGGUUUGGAGUACAUUCGGUCUUCACUGCUGUUUGCACAUCAGUGAUUUCAGCUUGAAGCACUAGAGGGCAGACUUCAGGCAGCAGCGCUGCAUGGAAACUCAGUGCCAUCUGGCUGUGAUCAGCAUGAAUGUGAGAGAGGGUUUCACUGUUGCCACCACAUCAGGAGAUAUCAGUUUCAUUUUCCAUUAUCUAAGAUUUAAUUGGAAUGAUAUAACAUGAAUCUAUUCAAGGUCUCCAUACAGCUGAUAUGCUUUUUCAGGUCAGUCAUAUUAACACUGUGUGAAGCUAUGCAAAUGCCCAAGGCUUUGUUGAGAGCACAGCAGAAACAAAGCAUGCAUGCAGUAUGCAUUGCGGUGUUUGGACUGUAGAAUUUGGAAGAAGCUGUUACUUUAUUUUUCACUCCUGGAAGAAAAUAAUGAGAGUCAAUGUCAGUUCUGGAGCUACACCUGAUUUUUGUUUCCGUUUUUGAAAGCGCAAACAAAUUUAUUAAAAACAGCAAAAGGAGUUAAAACAUUAAAAAGUUUAUAUUUAUUUAAUCAUAAUUUACUGUGAUUUGGGAUGAUAUUACCAAAAACCUUUUAUUAAUGGUAUUAAUAAAUGGCAUUAUUAAUUUAUUACUUCAUACCUGACAUGAUGGCUCUGCAACCAGAUUAAACUGAGCAUGUUAUGUUUCUCCUUGUUUUCUGUUAUCAAGGCUGUUACAGUGGUAGUUGCUCUUAUUAAACACGGCCAAAGUUUGAAAUAAUGAGGCCAGUGUAUGUUCAAGUAAUCCCUUUAUCCUACAGCUCAGGCUUCAGACUGCCAAUCAAAAGAAAGCUGGAUUACAGAGAGGGUCAAGGGAGCUAAAACAUCUUCAAGUGAGAGACUGCACCAAGGCAGGUCCCCUUUAAAGGCACAGUCAGAUAUUUAUUGAAGUUAUUAAUUAGAAAAAAGGAUACUGUACUCAUAAAUAUACACAGAAUAGUGUCAAAUUACAUCUUCCAACAAACCGAUAUGUUCUUAUAAAACUUAUAAUCAAUAUGUUUAAUGUGGGGCAGGUUUGUGUUUUGUGGGAGCCACCAUGUUCCUCCACCACAUAAAAUGUGCAUAUUAUUAAUCCUGAAAUGAUCAAGAACAGACAUCUGUGAAUUAUUAAUUAAACAUGAAUUCAAUUUUAAAUCCAAAACAAAACCUCACCAGUAAAAGUGCCUGCUAUAAAAAGGAUGUUUACUAGGAUUCUGAAACCGAGACAGCUACAGAUCUAUUAUUUCUUUCAUAGAUGACAAAAGUUCCCUCUCCUCAUUUUCACUUUAUUCUGAAAGCCUGACACUUUGUAGAUGAAAGGCUAACACCUGCUAGCUGAGCAAAUUAUAAAUUUGAGAGCAAGGCGGCAUACAUUGGGUUCGCUUGGUUUGCUGCAACUCCUGUCGACAGUCUGGAUUAUGAGGCUCUGCUGUUUGACGCGAGGUUUUCCAGCAGACGCAGGAAUCUGUUAAACCAACCAAGCUAACGCUGACAGCUUGCCACCAACUCAAACGAUCUUUAAUAACCAUCCAUCUGAAGCUUGCAUGUCUACGACUGUGUUCAAUAAGAAAUAAAAAACUCUAAAGUCUA